CUAUUAUGCGAUAGUCCAGAAUCUCCAAGAUGGCUGCACCCGGAAGAGUCGUGCUACUGGCUUGCGGCUGUUUUAACCCCAUAACCAACAUGCACUUACGUCUUUUUGAGCUUGCCCGUGAUCAUCUGGAGAGAACAGGCCUGUUUAAAGUGGUUGAAGGGAUCAUAUCACCAGCACAUGACAAAUAUGGCAAAAAGGGACUGGUGCCCAGUACAGACAGGGUUGCCAUGGCACAACUGGCACUUUCCACAUCAGACUGGGUUAGAGUGGACAGCUGGGAGAGUGAACAGAAAGGCUGGCUGGAGACUGCAGUGGUGGCCAGGCACUUGAAACGGCAGGUCCAGAACAAGUACGGCAGCGUAGUGGACGCCAAAACAGACGGGCCGUCAAGGAAGAGGAGGAAAACACGACACAAUGCAAAUAACAGAGAUGAACCUGUUGGCAGCAGCACACAGGUGGCAUCAGGUGAUGUGCAGCUGAAGCUGCUAUGUGGUGCAGACUUGCUGGAGUCCUUUGCUGUACCCAACCUCUGGAGUGAUGAACAUAUCAAAGAACUAGUGUCUGAGUAUGGCUUAGUUGUCAUUUCAAGAGCUGGGUCUAAUCCUGAAAAGUUUAUAUAUGAGUCAGACGUGUUGUCAAAAUAUAAGAGCAACAUCCAUCUAGUGACAGAAUGGAUUCAGAAUGAGAUAAGUGCCACAAAGAUCAGGCGAUCCCUGAAGCGGAAGGAAAGUGUGCGGUACCUGGUCCCUGACGCUGUCAUUAACUACAUCAAGGAACAUCAGCUGUACCAGCCAGAUACCGAGACAUCCUGAGGAGGCAACAUGUGGACAUAUCUGACACAGAACCGUUAUAAAUCUAGUUAUACUGUAAGGCAGGUAGAAGAGACAACAUACUAUACAAUAUGAGGGUCAUGCAAGUAAAGAGCCAAACCCAUAUUUGAAAUUCCCACUCUUCCGACUUAGACGGCUUUUAUGAAUACACGGAUGUUUCUGGAAUUCAAAAUGUGCUGCAGUAAUAAUCUUAAGGUAUUUUUUGGCAUGUUAUAUCAGUUUUGGCAUCAUUAUAAAGCUUGCAAGGAAAUUUACGAAUAUUUUAAGUUGGUUAAUUCAAGUGAAUCAAGCAUUUGCCUUCUGUGAAAGUAGUUCCAUCUCAUAUUUUAUUGUUACAUGUAUAGUGGUGCGCUCAAGUAUGCCAACAAGAGAUAAAGAUUAUUCUAAAAGAAUUGCACAAGUCUGCUUAAUGCGUGCUCAUGAUAGAUUGACACUUAAAACAAAAAGUUGAAAAACUUUUUAUGAAGUUCAGAAGACGAAUUGUGUGGCCUUAAUAUAAUGUAUUCUUGUAUUAAGUCUUAUUGCCCGAAGUACUGGCAUAGAAGGGUUGUACAAUGUACUGGCUUCAAAAGCUUCAAAUUUCAGCAUUAAUCUUUCCUAUUUGCCUUACUUCAUGGCAAGCAUGUAUUCUGAUGAUAAGGAACUUUUUGUGCUGAUUAAAAGCAAUAAAAUUCC